AUGCUCCAGAGACAGAAGUGUCCGGCCGCUCACAUAGCCCUGCAGAUGCCCAGCCUGGACACGGAAGAACCGGAACAAGGCCCUCCCCACCCCGAAAGCCCUUCUGUGCCCAACGGGGAUUGUGGAAGCGGCCAAGGCAGAUCCUCUCUUGGUUAUCUGGAGGAGGCCGAGCCUGCAGUCCUGAGGAAAGGGUGCCAUGAGCUGGGCCCAGGCUUCUCCUGCUCCAUCAAGAGGUGGCACGGGGUGCCGAAGCGGGCGAGGCCGCGGGCGUCGGGCGAGGCCGGAUCCGCCGGCGGCCUCUUCGAGGCGGUGAAGGCCGGCAGGAGCGCCCUGGAGCCCCUGGCGGACGAGUGGCUGGAGGGCUACCGGCGGGACCGCCCCGGGGGCUUCGCGGAGCUGCUGAACUUCGUGGUGCGCGCCUGCGGCUGCCGAGGCGUCGUGACUCUGGAGAUGCUCCGCGGCCUGCAGAACUCGGAGAUCAUCAAAGGCCUGACCGAAUCCUUCGAGGAGGAUUCGGCCGAGUACCCGUUGCUGCUGAAUACUCCCACGUGGCGGCGUUUCCGUGCAGGAUUCUGUGAGUUCAUAGCAGUGCUUGUGCGCCGUGUCCAGCAUAAUGUUGUUUAUGAUGAAUACUUGAUGGACGGUCUCAUUGCCUUCCUGACUGGCAUGUCUGAUUCUCAAGUGCGUGCCUUCCGUCAUACCAGCACCCUGGCAGCUAUGAAGCUGAUGACGGCCUUGGUGCACGUGGCGUUGAGUGUAAGCAUGCAGAAAGACAAUGCUCAGAAACAAUAUGAGACUGAGCGGGCCAAGGGACUGGGCUGCUGGGCCCCAGGGAAGCUGGAAGGGCUGUUGGAGAAACAUAAGGAGUUCCAGGAGAAGCAAGAAGAGCUGGAGACCUUGAUGAAUGCUCUCUUCAAGGGAGUCUUCGUUCAUCGCUAUCGGGACCUCAUACCUGAAAUCCGGGCUAUUUGCAUUGGAGAGAUGGGUGAGUGGAUACAGCAUUACGCCGCCUCCUUCCUAACGGACGGUUACCUCAAGUACAUUGGCUGGACUCUUCAUGACAAGCAGGGGGAGGUCCGGCUCAGGUGCCUCCUUGCCCUGCAAGGCUUGUACGGCAGCCCAGAGACGGCCUUGCAGAUGGAGCUUUUCACCGGUCGCUUUAAGGAACGGAUUGUGUCCAUGGUUCUGGAUAAAGAGCCCCAAGUGGCAGCGGAAGCUGUGAGGCUGCUUACCCUCAUCCUUCAGAAUACGGACGGUGCCCUCACGGAUGCCGACUGUGAAAGGGCCUUCCCACUGGUUUAUGCCUCCAGUCGUCCUGUAGCUGCUGCUGCGGGUGAAUUUUUGUACAAAAAGUUGUUGGCACCCAAGGUGGAUGCCAGGGGGAAAUCGGGGGACCGCCACGAGGCCACGCGUGUCUUCCUUCAAUUGCUUUUGGUGUUCUUUAUUGAAAGCGAGUUCCACGACCACGCCGCCUACUUGGUCGAUAGCCUGUGGGACUCUGCCUCUGCCCUGCUGAAGGACUGGCAGGUGCCGACAGGCCUUCUGCUGGAGGAAUCCCCCGUAGAAGGUCUGGGUGAUCUCAAGGAGAGCAGCCUCAUUUUGAUCUUGGUGGCCAGCAUGCGGCAAGCCACCGAAGGGCACCCACCAAUCGGCAGGUUCUCUGGAAAGAAGGUAUUCUCUGCUCGGGAACGCAAAGUGCAGUCCGAAGAGCGUUCAAGGCUCACGCAGCAUUUUGUCCCUCUGCUGCCCCAGCUGCUGGCUAAGUUCUCUGCGGAUGCCGAGAAAGUGGGACCCCUGCUGGAGGCCUUGCGUUACUUCGACCUGACCUAUUACAGCACGGGCCGUCUGGAGAAGCACUUAGACUUGCUGCUGACCCAGCUAAAGGAAGUGGUGGCAAAGCACAGGAGCCGCGAAGUGCUGGAGCUGGCUUCCCAGACUCUCCAGCUGCUCUGCCGCACGGAAUUCGCCUUCUACAGCCGUGUGGAUUUUGCCCGUAGUUGCAUUAUGGACUAUCUGGCGGAUAAAUUCCAGCACGACGCUACUGAACUCCUCCAGUCCUCAUUCUCUGAGCAGGAGGAGGUGUACAGCAUGGCUACCACGUUAAGACGCAUUGCCUUCUUCCACAGCGCCCACGACCUGACUCCCUGGGGGUUCUUCCAGCCCUGCGUCCGUCUCCUGCGCCACCUGCUGAACACGGGCGAGGCCUACGAGCAGGUGGUGAUCCCUGCCAUGACUUGCGCCCACUUCUCGUUGCUCUGGGAACUGUCCCGCUGCUCAGCCGUGGCCGUCCCUGACCAGCAGCAGCUGCUCAGCCUCAAGGACAAAGUGGCUGCCUUUUGCUCCCUCUGCCAGAGCUGCCUCGUGGACGUGGAGCCCUGUGUCCAGGAGCAGGCCUUUGUGCUCUUGAGUGAUUUGCUCCUGAUCUUCGGUCCCCAGCUGACUGACGGAGGGCACCCUGUUCUGCAGGAAUUGGUCUUUCAGCCAGAGUCUGCUCUGCAGUCACAGCUGUCUGGCUUUCUAAUGGACCGUGUCUUCUUCAACCACAGCCAAGCCCCGGAGGAUGAUAGUGAAAACGGAGAGCUUCAGGUCGAACAGCUGCACCAGCGCCGUAAUUUGCUGUCUGGAUUCUGCAAAUUGGUUGUCUAUGGAGUGCUGGAACUGAGCGCUGCUUCAGAUGUCUUCAAGUAUUACUCUAAGUUCUAUGAUGACUACGGGGACAUCAUCAAAGAAACUCUGAGUCAGACUCGCCAGAUUGACCGAAUGGAGUGGGCCCACACGCUGCUCCUCAGCCUGCAGCAGUUGCUGACCCAGCUCUUCUUGGAAGAGGGACCGGGGGCCACGGACUCGGCAGCCUUCCUGGAGAUCCGGGACUUGGCACGGCGGUUCUCUCUGCUGUUUGGGCUGCACCAGCUACAGAACCGCUCAGCUCUGGUGGCUCUGCACAAGGAUGGUAUAAAAUUUGCCUUUGAGGAGCCAGCAUCCCCAAACCCCAAGCUGGGUCUCAUCAACCUGCCCUUCUUGGAACUGCUGAGUGAAUUUUCCCCGAGGCUGUUGCCUCCGGAUAAGGCCCUGCUCCUCGCCUACUUGAAGAAGACGGGCCGGGCUCAUUUCUCAGAGAGCAAAGAGGAGCCCUGCUGGCCCUCCCUCCUGGUCUAUCGGCACUCCCUCAGCCCCCAGGAGCAGGCAGCCCUCCAGCCUCGCCCUGCCGCCUCCAAGAGGGGACAUUUGAACGGAUCCUCCGAGCACAGCGGCAGCACCAGCCUCGCCUCAGGUAGCCGCCUGCACACCCCCCUGCUGACUUCCACCGCCCUGAGGGCCAAGCGCCCAAUGACGGGGCCCCCGCUGGGAGACGAGGGCUCGGAAGCCGAGUUUGCCCAGAGGUGA